UCGAUCGAAUAUUGAUAUUUCCGAGAUGAUAUUUUGUGAGUGAAGAUUUCUUUUCGAUAUUUCUCGCCUUUCCUCACGAAAAUGAGCCUUCCUGCUCGCAGCGAUGUUUGGCUGUAUGCUCAUCCUUCCAUGGAUAGGCUUGCCACAACGCUCGUGGAAAGAUGUAGGGAGGAAUCUAUGCCUGUUUCGGAGGAGAGCGGAAAGAUGAUCAAGUUCCGGCGACGCACCGGUAUUUAUCUGUUACAGGAUUACCAGCGCCAGGCGUCGACCAAAUCCACAGAUUUCAGCCGCCAUGUCGAUUACAAGAGAAACGGUAUCCAGUGGAAGAAGUUCCGCGACGGAUUCCCAGAUUUAUUCAUCGAAGACGUUAAACAUAUGGCGGGAAAAGAUGUGAUAUUUUUAGGCAGCUUUCACAGUCCUGAGGUGAUCUUCGAGCAGACGUCGGUCAUCUAUGCAAUACCAAGGUACCUGGCACGAUCCUUCACGGUUAUCCUGCCUUACUUUCCAACCGGAACAAUGGAGCGUGUCGAUACUGAAGGUCAAAUAGCUACUGCCAAGACUCUUGCCCACCUUCUGUCUUCCAUUGCCCUCACCGCCCGAGGCCCUGCCCAGAUUAUCAUGUUUGAUAUCCACGCCCUUCAGGAACGGUUUUACUUCAGUGACAGCGUCAUACCGAGGUUAGAAUCUGCGAUACCAUUGCUACAGCGUGAACUAAAGGUUCUCGCGGAGAAUGAGAAGAUCUGUAUAGCGUUUCCCGACGACGGAGCGUUCAAACGAUUUCACAACAUGUUCCCGCAGUCGCAGACGAUCAUCUGUACCAAAAUUAGAGACGGGAAUAAGAGGAUUGUCAAGGUUAAAGAUGGCGAUCCUGAAGGCUAUCAUGUGGUCAUCGUCGACGACCUGGUACAAACCGGUGGCACAUUGAAGGAAUGUGGAAAGGCGUUGCUCGCACAAGGAGCCAAGGCUGUCAGUGCCUUUGUGACGCAUCCAGUUUUCCCAGAAGACUCCUGGAAAAGUUUCACGGAAGACGACCCAAAGUUUGAGAACUUUUGGAUCACGGACUCCCUCCCGCACGCAUACGAAAUUGCCAAAAAUAAGCCAUUCAAGUUGUUAUCGCUAUGUGACGUGAUCGGGGACGUCUUACUUGGGUUCGAUUUGUUGCAGUAGGUGGUAGUGAUCACACAAAAUGUCAUUCUUGAUGGGUUUAAGUGUCUUGCUCAAGGACACAGUGUUACACAGUGUGUAGAUUUGAGUGUUGUAGUUCUGAAGUGGCCAUACCUGUCGACGAGAAGAACAGUUAGGUUUGCGAGAAAUCUGCUUAACUUCUCCGUCUGACAGGGUAUGUGUUUCUGACUGCUGACUGCUAACGUUCCCAUCACUCAUCUGUAUUUUUAUGACGUCACAUGACCCGUGGUCGCCCACUGUGAUCUUGGGAGUUGUUGUAGCCACCUGACUUUUGUGCGAAAUCUUUGGGAAAUAUGUGGCAAUAUCACAAUGUCAUGUUUUGCAUUGGUAAAAUGGACAUUUCAGUGUUGACAAAUGUUAGAAAGCAUGUUAGCUCAUAACAUCAUGUUGACAUGUUGUUUCAUGUACAUCAAUGCACAUGAAAUAACAUGUACAUCAAUGCACAUGAAAUAACAUGUACAUCAAUGCACAUGGAACAACAUGUACAUCAAUGCACAUGAAACAACAUGUACAUCAAUGCACAUGAAACAACAUGUACAUCAAUGCACAUGAAAUAACAUGUACAUCAAUGCACAUGAAAUAACAUGUACAUCAAUGCACAUGAAACAACAUGUACAUCAAUGCACAUGAAAGAACAUGUACAUCAAUGCACAUGAAACAAUAUGCAAAAUAUCGAGAGGCAGAGUAUAUUGAAAAUCACUGUUUAUGUCAGUAUGUCAAAUAUUAAAGGUUUUCAACAGAUCAUGUAUUAGACUACAUUGUAAAUGUAUAUGAUAAUGUAGGUUAGUUUGACACUGUUAAUCAUCAAAACCUAUAGCUCUCCACAUACGGUAAAGUAGGUUACACAUUGUGUGUCUUCUUGAAGCUAUCUAGAUCAUUUAGACUGGGUUUGCCUUAGUUGUCCAACGAUUAUUUACAGGGUAAAGUCUUUAUACUAUACAGGGUAUUCACUCAGUAUUACAAUUGACUGUAGCCUUUUAGUAGCAUGGCUUUCAUACUGUUUACUGAUGCUAGGGGUGCCGUGUACAUGUAUCCCCAUAUCUGCAAAAGAAAAAAUGGAAAAAGUUGUUUUUAGACGGGUAACUAACCCCUUCAAAGCAUUUUCUGCACCGCAAAAUGUCCAGUUCUGCUCCAAAAUCCUAUAAAUUGAUGCCUGGAGCCACAAAAUGUGUCUUUUCUGGUAGAGAUAUUUGUGGCGUAAUUUUGGCCACUAAUGUUCCGAAUUAAACUUGAGCAGCUUGCUGUGACAUAGUGUCCCCCAAUAAGGCCCGGGCCCUGAUCGGCCAGGGUAGAAGUCCCCUGGCUGGCUUGACAUGUCAUGGAUGUACAAAUACAGACAGAUAGUUCACCAGUCGGUUGUUAUUUUUAGUUUACUAGGUUUCUGAUUCCUAUGUUACAACUCAUUCAAAAACCUUUAAGGUGACACUUCAUAAAUACUUAAAGGUACAAUGUAUGUUCGUUCAAAUGUAUCGGAAAACCAUGACCAGUUUAUGUGAUUCCUGUCACAGCUUUGACUAUUCUAUAAUUCUUUUAAAGAAAUCAUGUUUAUUAUGUUUUACUUUUUAUUUUGUAAUGAUAGAUUUAAAAUAGAGAUUACAUAUGAUGUAAC